GCCAGCCCCUUGGUGCGUCGGGUCGGGUCCUUACGCCUCGGGCCUCGACCCUGGCCAAGCAAGCCCGCCAUGGAGGGGGAUGGCCCCUCCGCCGCCGCCCGAUACCAGCCAGCCAGCCCCCCGAGAGAUGCUUGCGUUUACAGCAGCUGCUACUGUGAAGAAAAUAUUUGGAAGCUCUGUGAAUACAUCAAAAACCAUGACCAGUAUCCUUUAGAGGAGUGUUACGCUGUCUUCAUAUCUAACGAGAGAAAAAUGAUACCUAUCUGGAAACAACAGGCAAGACCUGGAAAUGGACCUGUGAUCUGGGAUUACCACGUGGUUUUGCUUCAUGUUUCCAGUGGAGGACAGAGCUUCAUUUAUGAUCUCGAUACUGUCUUGCCGUUUCCCUGCCCAUUCGAUACUUACGUAGACGAUGCCUUUAAGUCUGAGGAUGACAUUCACCCACAGUUUAGGAGGAAAUUCAGAGUUAUCCGUGCAGAUUUAUAUUUGAAGAAUUUCGCUUCUGACCGAUCUCACAUGAAAGACUCCAGUGGGAACUGGAGAGAGCCUCCCCCACCAUAUCCCUGCAUUGAAACUGGAGAUUCCAAAAUGAACCUGAAUGAUUUCAUCAGUAUGGAUCCUGAGGUAGGAUGGGGAGCAGUCUACACACUAUCUGAAUUUGUGCAUCGGUUUGGCAGUAAGAACUACUGAACUUGACAUGAGGAUGUGGAACUAUGGAAAAAUUCUAGGACAUGAACAAGCUAUCCCUUCAUUUAGGAUAGUAAACUAUCCUGUGGUACAGUUGGCUUGGAAUUAUGUUUUUCUUUUUUAAUUUAAUUGAGUGGAAACAUGAGUGAAAACAAAUAUUAUAAGUGAACUGUAAUUCAGCUUUUUUUUUAAUAUGUGAAGUUGAAACUUGAUUUAGUGUAUAAUUGCUAAGCUAUUCCUGUGGCUCAUUUGUUAAAACAUAUAAUGACUUAUGCCAGUGACCGUUCUUGUUAAGAUAGAGGUAUGGUCUCAGAGCCAGACCCUGUAUCUGUUCUGGAUGGCUUAUGUCUUUCCAGCUACAUUGUACGCUCCUUGAGGGCAAGGUUGUGGCUUAUUGCUCUGUGAAUCUCUAAAGCCCUAAAAGGUGCCCAUAAAAUGUUUUCUAGCGAAUGUGCUGUUGCUUGAAAAGGGAUGGUAAUUGUGAGCUGAAUCAGCAACAAGUAUUAGUCUUUUUGGACUAUUAUAUUGUUAAAAAGAUUGCAGCCCUUUCAGACUUGUGUGUUAUUUGGCCUAUUUAUAUAUGGUUUUAAAUAAAAUUGAUUUAAAAUUAA